CACGCACGCGCCGAAGUGCGCCGGUGCCGCUCGGGAUGGCCGAACAUUACGCAGCCCUUCCUGACAGAGGCAGGCGCGUCCUGGAAGCUCUGAGUUCUGGACGCGUUGGGACGGCAGGAACACGGUCUGGUCGGGAUUUCUGACUCAAAAUGCGCAGGCAGCGUCUCCGCGGUGCUGAGCGGCAGCUGUGCAGAAAUGAGCGGGCGGUCAGCUGCGUGCCGUGAAUAAUGCGUGGACAUGCCGAGGACGUGCGAGGUUCCUCCGACUGGGAAACUUGUUCUUCGGUUGUUUUGAUCUGACACAAGAUGCAUCUGUUUCGGACUCAUAAUUACCAAGUGUUCCCUCACCGCUACUCAGUGGAGAAACCGACCAUACGGGGCAUCAGCUGGACUCCACUGCCAGAGGCCCUGGAUCCAAAGGACACUAUGAAGCAGUUUCUUUCGGAUCGUGUCGUAAAAGCUGCGCGGUCGGUGUACAGCGUUAUGGUCGAGAAGAACCCUGGCCUGAUCCGAGACAGGAAGCAUCACCUGAAAACACACAGGCAAUGCUGCUCAGGGAAGGAGUUGGUCGACUGGCUGAUGAAACAGAGCGAAUGCCUGCAGUCAAGAAGUCAGGCUGCUGGAAUGUGGCAGGUCCUGGUGGACGAGGGAAUCCUCGUUCAUGUGAAACAGGAUCUGAACUUCCUUGACAAGGACACACAGUUCUACCGGUUCCAGGACUCAGAGUUUGGCCUGAGCCACKUCUCCAACGAGAAGGACUUGGAGGACGAGCUGCAUGAAGCUCUGUCCCUGCUGUCCCAGCUGGGCCCCGAUGCGCUGCUCACCAUGAUCCUACGCAAAUGUCCCAGUCAGAGGAGCGCGGAGGACAUYGAGGUCAUCUAUGAGGAGCUGCUCCAYGUGAAGGCCGCCGCUCAUCUCUCGUCUUCAGUGCGGAAGGAGCUGGCCGCAGUGCUGGUGUUUGAAUCCCACGUUAAGUCUGGAACAGUCUUGUUCAGCCAGGGGGAUAAAGGAACCUCCUGGUACAUCAUCUGGAAAGGCUCAGUGAACGUGAUCACACAUGGAAAGGGCAUCGUGACCACGCUGCACGAGGGCGAGGACUUUGGGCAGCUGGCUUUGCUGAACGACGCGCCGCGUGCCGCCACCAUCAUCCUGAGAGAGGACAACUGCCACUUCCUCCGUGUCGACAAACAGGAUUUCAUUCGAAUCCUCAAGGAUGUGGAGGCCAACACAGUGCGACUGGAGGAGCAUGGGAAGACCGUCCUGGUGUUGGAGAAGAGCGCAGACUGCAAUGGUCAAGGGGGAGCUGCAGCCAACAGCAAAUACACAGUUAUGUCGGGAACUCCUGAAAAAAUCCUGGAACAUCUCCUGGACACACUGAAGCUGGAUUCCAAUGGGAACGAUCCUAUAGAUCCCUGCGUGAGCGACUUCCUGCUCACACAUAAAGUCUUCAUGCCGUCCAGCCAGCUGUGCUCAGCUCUGCAGCAUCAUUACCAGGCAGAGUUGUCYAAAGGCUCAGAUCAGGAGAAGACUGCUUACAUCUUCAACACCAAACAGAAGGUAGUGAAGCUGAUUGCCCAGUGGGUGGCGCUGUACGGCCUUCUGCUGAAAGAAGACCCAGAAGUUGGGGACUUUCUGGAGCAGAGACUGAAAAAGGAGGUUGCAGCUGAUUAUCGAUUGUCCAGCAUCCUGAAGGAGCAGUUUAGGGAAAGAAGGAGAACAAAAGUGAUGGAGAACGGCUAUCAGUCACUGAGCAGGAAUCAGCAGUUUGAUUGGUUUCCGAGCUGUGAGGAGCCAGUUGGGAGGCUGCAGCCAAUCAAAGCACAGGAUAAAGUGUUAUAYGAGAUUUACAAGGCAGAYAGCAAACCUCUCUCCUUGAUGCUCCCUGUAAGCUCAUCUGUUCAAGAGGUGAUGUCGGCAAUAGUCAAAGCAGAUGGAGAUCAUGUUCUGGUCAAAAUGAACUCCAGUGGAGAUAGAGCGCAGUUAAAGCUGGAUGCCACUGCAGUCUACACUGCUCUGGGCCUCAAUGAGAGACUGUUCAUCUGUACAAGCAGCGACGUGGAACAGCUGCGGCCGCUGAAGGACCAGCAGGGCCCAGAACAGGCAACGACUGACCUGAUUGAGCAGAUGAGCUCCAAAGACAUCGCCACAGAACUGACCAACUACGACUGGGAACUGUUUACUGCCAUGCAUGAGGUGGAGCUCGUCUACUACAUAUUUGGUCGCCAUAAAUUCCCAGGUGCCACCACGGCCAACCUGGAGCGGUUUGUGCGCCACUUUAACGUGGUCCAGUACUGGGUGGUGACUGAGCUGUGCCUCUGCGAGGAUCUGGUCAAACGGGCCAUUCUGCUCAAGAAGUUCAUCAAAAUCGCCUCAGUGUUAAAAGAGCAGAGGAAUCUCAACUCAUUUUUCGCUGUGAUGUUUGGUCUGAGCAACAGUGCUGUGCAGAGGCUUUACAAGACCUGGGAGAGAAUACCGAGCAAAACUAAAAGAAUCUACUGUGCUUAUGAGCGACUGAUGGAUCCUUCACGCAACCACAGGGCCUACCGCCUGGCCGUGGCCAAACUCAGUCCUCCUUACAUUCCCUUCAUGCCUCUGCUGCUGAAAGACAUGACAUUCAUCCAUGAAGGCAACCCAAACUAUGUUGACAAACUGGUGAAUUUUGAGAAAAUGCGAAUGCUUGCCAAGACAGUUAAAAUUGUACGAGGUUGCAGAAGCCAACCUUACGUGCCUUCAUCGCCACAGAGGGGCCUGGCUGAUCGCAUGUUUCUGGAUGGGCCGGCUACUCGAUUGUCUACGUAUUCAGACCAUGCCUUCCCUCUCCGCUCUCCCAGCAACAUCCGACACUACAUUCAAACCCUGAAGGUGAUCGACAACCAGCGGAAGCUCACCCAGCUGUCGAGAACAAUCGAAUGCUAGGACAUCCGCCUCCGGACGGACAAAUACUGGAGCUUUACAUCAAAAUCAGAAGUGCAAACUGGGCUGCAAGGAUUUUCUGAACUUUUACAGUCACCUGAGUAGGAUGGAUGUUUCUGCAGUUCACAGCAUGAAGUGAAAAUGUGCAGCAUGCACAGGAAUGACGUCAGUGCUGAACAACAGGACAGCUGGGAAUGUUUUUACCAAGCAAGCCUUACAUCCGCCCCAAAAGGCUUCGUAUMAACAUGUAAAAAUGCUGCUCUAUAUGUGCUGUAAAUGUUAAAUUUUUUUAUACGACACAUUGUAAGCUGCAUUCAUACAACACAUGUUAAACAUUUGUGCCACAAAUACCAUCUUUGACUUUUCUGAGCACUUCCGUUUUCACUUUUAAAGUAAUAUAUUGUAUUAUACAUUUUUGGCAACAACGCCAAACAUUCACAUGCUUUCAUAUGAUGUUUUCUAAAUAAAUUAUUUUCCAAGUUAUGCAUAGUCAAUGAGGACACAAAAAAUGGUAAAAAGGAGAUUUUUUUUUUAUUAUUUAAAGUACAAACCAAAGCAGGUAAAAACAGACCUUCCACCUGGCACAAAAAAAAGUCUCCCCAAUAUGGGGUGAGAAAUUUCUCAAUCAGUCAAAACUCUCCUUGUCACAAAUAUGUACAGCUUCUUUUAGAAAGUCCUGGAGAGAAAAAGUGGAUGAAGACAUUAAAAAAAGAGAAAAUAAUUACCAGUGCCUUCUCCUGAUGUAACAAUGGAGGAAAAAGUWGAAUGGUCCUGUUGGCAAAUUUAAGGGAAGAGAAAAUAUCAGAMAAAGGAUUUAAAUCCAUAACUAAAUGGGGUUAUUUCUCGUCCAGGUGGACGCAAAUCRUCCGCUGAUCGGAUGUUWUAGGAGGCAGGUGGAGGAAAAAUGUGCACAACACGUGUCAACUAAAAAGGUUGAACAGCUGCAAAAGCAGAACCUGUAACUACUGAACAUGCUUCGUGGCUUUGUUUCAGCAUCAAUCUGUGUAAUAUAAACCUGUGAGACRGUGAAGGCAGUUCAGAGCAGUCCAGUGAAGUGAGGAUGAGUAUAUCUGGAGUUGGGGAAAGUCUUUUUUUUUUAGAUUCCACUCUGCUCGCAGUGAGAAAACAAGAAAAAAACCCAAAACCAACAGGAGAUUUAGUCUACACCUUCUGGUUUAAAACAAACAUCAAAUAAAAGCAGUGAUACAUCAAAAAGAGUGAAUAUAAAUAUUGCACUUCCAACCAUUGUGUAGUUCCCAGUGCCUAGUUGUUAUCCCUUUGUUUGAGGUAUUUUUGCUGUUGGGUUUAAUAACGAAAAACUCUGACCUCAAUUAUCUCAGGCUACAAAGGACUAGGCGGCAGGAAAGGUAAAAACCAGACACACUCGAAACAAAAGAACUUAAAUACAUCAUUCACACGGAUCCAUGAACACAUGGAGUCACACGCAAGCAACCCUAACGCUAACCCACAGGCAUGAAGUAUUUACAUUAAGGCACAAAAACGUGAGUAGAGGUGCAUCUUAAUAAAUUUGAAUAUCACCCAGUUAAUUUACUUAUUUCAAAUAUUGAAAGAAAAAUACAUUUUMUAGCACUUCAUUCUGUUCAUUUUUGAUGAUUGUGGCUUCAAASGCAUAAAAAUCAACACUCAAGCUCAGAAAAUCACAUGAGAUUAAUAAAUAGAUUAUUAUUGGAGGAAUAUGUUAUGUUGUGGCAACAUCACACACAAACACUCUCCAGUAUUGCAUGUACACAUAUUAACGGAAAGUUAAGUGGAAGGAAAAACAGAUCAAGAACUCUUAAAAUUCCCCAUUACUUUUUGAGCCAAAUUACUGAAAUAAAUGCUCUUUUUGCUGAUAUUUUCAUUUAUUCAGAUGCACCUGCAUAUAAAAGAAGCAAAUACAAUGACUUAUUGUUCAGUCCCUGUAGCCUUUUUGGUAGUGGGAUGAUGUCAGCUGCGUCUCAUUCAUUUUACUCACCAAAAAAAAACAAAAUAAAAUACAGUAUCUCAUUCAGCAUCACUGACAGGAUCUUUCGUUCUUCAGCCUCCUGUCAAGGCUACAUCAUUGCUGCCUGUCCCGUCUCUGUCCGUUUUCAUCAUGCUACCACGGCCGACAUCUCUGUGUGCUUCUUUCCCCCUUUAAGCAUCAGAAAAGACAGGAGAGCACCACUUUCUGACAGGAAGCGCCGCGCUGCUUCGACAUGAGGUUCAACAAGUCUGUGGCGGACCCAGCUGGCUAGCGGCGCUGCGCUGACGCUGAGAACAACACGCACAAGACUUGGACGAAGUGAUCAGUAGGAGUCAAAGUCAAAUCUCAAAGGAAGCUCAGUCAGUCUUUGGUGUAUUUGAAAAAUAUCAGUAGAUUUCCUUUGAGUGCAAAAAAAAAAAAAAAACACUGUCCACCAACCUGAGGCAGAAAGUGAUCAUUUCCAGAAACAGCUGAAAAACAUCCAUCUAAAGCAUUUUUAAUACCCGCUUCUCCUGUUCAGGGGUUGCAUAGUGGCGGCGGGCUGGAAAGCGACAACAGCUCACACAGGCGUAAAUAUCAGGGUCAAACAUUUCAUCUUAGCUCUUAAACCGGCUACCGUAUUUGCUGCAAAUCAGUUUUUAACCUGAAAGCUGAAAAAAAAAAAAAAAAMMCCACAAUCUUCGGUUGUUUCCUGUUAGAGACGGGAAACGUGUUCAAUCAUUAGCACCAAUAUGAAGCAGAUCAUCGCAGGCGUCUGUAAAAGUAAACCCAACUUGUUCCUGCAUGAACAGGAUAAUGGCAACCUGUGUGCUUCUUUUUGCUGGAUGAUCUAAAAUUUGUUUCUAGGCACAGAGAUCAGUUCUAUUUGACGACAAUCCCAACAGGGUUAAAAACAAAGAUAUAAAUAUAAAAAAAAA